CCGAGUGGAUCAUGGGAAAUGUGUUGCUUGUGAAACGGAGGGAGUUUCGAAUCAUUUGUUACAUUAACUCUCGUAAAACAGAAUCAUUCUCGAUUAGGUUAAAAAAAGAUGCCAUUCAAGCAACGCGCCGUUUCAGCAAAAACGUCGGCUUUCUGGUGAAUAUUUAAAGAAUGGUUUCCCGAUAGAAUCGUUAAACACUAAUGGUGUGUGUGACCACAAACAUGGAGCUAAAGCUAGACGUUGUCUUGUCGUCCAGCAUCAAACGAAAGAAGCCAUGGCCACGAUUCUGCUGGCUUGGACAGGAGAAGGAGUCUGUAUUCCUCUUCGAUGACAAACGGAUUAGCAAGAUCAACAUUGUGUCGGGUCGCACCAAGAAAAAGACCCCUGAACUCCAUCCUUUGCUCAAUAAAGUGGUGACGAUGGCUCCGUCCCGCAACGGUAUGUGGUUCUGUGGACUUCUAACCUCGGGUGAGCUAUUUUUAUGGAACACGGACAAAGACUUGUUGCGGACCGCUGCAGCAGUCCCUGAAGUCAUUCAGAUGAUUACUAGUACUAAAGGAAAAGCUGCACGGCUGUCCGUCCACGUGUCAGGUGAAGGGACGCGCAUCCUUUUGGUCAACACAUUCGGGCAAGCGUUCCUGUGGGAAUGUAUAGACAUCGAGGAUUUGAUUUUAGCACGUGACGGCAUAGUAAAUGGACGAUGGUCGCAAAUACAGCCGCCACAAGACAAUCCUCUGCCCACUUUGAAGGACAAAGAAGCAACCCAGUGCAAUGUCUUUGUGGAGAGCCAGGUUACAGGUGAUAUCUGCUUAUCGGCAUUUGUAUUCACAUCUGGGAAGAAGCUAAUCAUCACCUGCCUCAAAAUUCAGUGGCUCGAUGACCAUGUUAGGUUUGGCUCUUUGGGAUACAGCAUACAAUGGGCCACCAAAACGUACCCCUUAUCACGUCUCACUCCACCCUGCCAAGCGGUCAAGUCCAGAGGGGCGCUGGUAGUCGACUUCUCUCCUGACGGACAACUGCUAGCUGUCGUCCUGAACCAGCGGCAGCCCAAGGCUACACAGGUUCUCUAUGUGAGCACACAGAAUUUUGUCACUGUACCGACUGGUCUUGAAAGAUGCGGGUGUAAAACGAAAGACAUUCCUUCUAAACACACAAGGUCAUUUUGGGUAGGCAGCAUAAGCUGGUCACACGAUGGGCUUUUCCUAGCCUGUGUUCUGAAGAGAGGCGCUCUUCUUAUCCUGGCUCGUGUCGGAGGGCUCCUCACGCUGACCAGCUCUGGUUGCCAAACCGACUUUGGACCCACAAACUUCCUCCCCCUUCACCCACUUGUCACUUACCGACCUCCAACAGGGACAACAGAGAGUCAGUUGUCCAGCUCCAGCCUGUCAGCAAGGGAUGAGAUGAGACAGCGCUAUUCGGUCACGUGGCACCCGCGUCUGUUGCACUGCAUUGUAUCUGACGGCUACAUGGCCACUGUACUGAGGGUCCUCAACAGGCCUUCUCCUGCCAUGCUGGUGAAAGCUCUUCUGAAUAAAACCGGCAAAGACCUUCAGAAGGCCUGCCAGCUUCUAGAUACGUCACAGUCCUUUCUUGAAGAUGAGUCCAAUAUAGACUGCCCACAUCCUGGUUCACAGCUGUCAGACAGUGAACGCUUGGAGUUUGCCUCUUUGUUCGACACUCUCCAUACUUUGGACACAGAGACCAACUUCAACCGAGACUACGAAUAUGAAUUUGAGAGGGCCGAGCAUCGUUUUCGUCAGGAACUUGGGAAGAUCCAGAACAGGCUUUUGACCGUAUGGGCUCUUUGCAUGUCCCUGGGAGCCGCAGUGGAAAACCGAGCUCACCUGCUCCAGAACACCGUUUUCCGUGUGGUGCAGCUGGCUGCUUUGUUCCACAUGAUGUCAAGCCGUGCUGCCCAGUCUGGAAAAAGCAUCUCCGCCAAUUCUCAUUGCAUUAUGGAGUUUCUCAAAAGACUAUUUUCAUUCCUCCCAUGGGUCAACGCUCACUCGGGUGGUCCUACUGGCCUAGGGCUGGCAAUGGACCUCAGUAAGCGUCUGGUCCACCAGCUGCUAGCUCCUUCACCAGAGUCCUAUCCAUCAGCUUGUCUGGACAGACUAUCCGGAGCUGUGCUCAUCCUUCAGCUGGCCUCCGAAAUCCUUGAUUGCACCUACAGCCUACAACGGAAAACCGUCUGGUCCUCAGCAGAGAAGGACCCUCAGCUUUUGACCUCAGAUGAAUACCAUGUGCCACUACUCCAGGAUUAUGGGGAAAACCAAUCAGUUUUGUUUCAUCAGGGUCCUCUCCUACCCCAGCGACCAUCUACCAGACUAUUUGGAGUGUGGCAGUGGGUCUAUAAGGUCAGCCUGCAAUACAAGGAAAAUAAUAAAGGCUUAAAGGAGAACGAUGACUUGAAGGAAGGAGAUGAGGAGCGUUUGUCAGUCAGAAUCUCAGACAUUCAAUCAGCUCUACAGGCGUCAGGAGAGAAACUCGGGGAUGGUCCGACACUACUUAGUCACAAGGGUGAAGAACGUUUCCUUUGCGGCAUGUACCAAGACAGCACUGAGACAUGGCGAACCCAAAUUUGGGAAGAGUGUAAAAAAAGUUGUCAUCGUAAUGUCUUCCAGGAGACGAGACUUUGUCUGGCUCUCCUUUACGGCCUUUUGUCCCAGUACCAUCUGAGAGAAGCAGUGGAACUAGGAGAACACAUGACCCACUUGGUUCUACACAAUGCUGAACAUCAUAAUAAUCCCAUGAUUUGCACGCUAGCUGACCCUCUUCUGCCGACAAACCUUCACAGCGACGCAGUUAUCGCUGUCAUUCAGACUCUGGCGAGGUUCAUGGCUUCCUAUUUCACCAAUCAACCUCUCAACAUCCUGCCUGCACACCACGUGGCCGUCCUACCUCCAUUACAUCUACCUCACGCCUCAAAUGUGGGACGCCUGGUCCCAUUGUGCCAGAAGGCAGCAGCUCGGGCGAUUCGACAGCAGAACAUGUCGGAGAAGUGGACCGUGAAUUACACCGUGGACCUGCUCCUGCUCGGAGGUCUGCUCCCUGAGACAGUAUACCUGGCGUCCAAACUUGGGGACUGGAAGACUGCAGCAUCCGUCAGCCUCGCUUACUUGUACUACUGCGACGACCACUUGGACUUCACUCAGAUCAAAAGAAAAGAGUUUCACCUUCCGAGGGCUUUAUUCCCAAAAAGCAUUUUUCAGGCGGAGUUGCAGAGUCUUCUGGAUAAUGACAAGGACGAGUACAAAGAUGCCAAUGAUAAAAGAUUUACAGACCCUGUGGAAGGCCAAGACUUGGAUACAUGGCAUGGUUCUGCUCAAGAGAUCCUAAAAGCAUCUGUAAUAGCAGGUGUGGACAUUUUAACUUCACCUUUGACUUCCUUAUUGGAUUCAGCCAAAGACCUGUGCUCUGGACUCUCUGCUUUGGUGCACAGUGGACUUUAUUUGCCAUCCCCGCCUCUGUAUUGUCCUCAACCCUCCCCUAACACGCAGGAUCCUGUGGGCACAGAAGGACAGCUUGCAGAAGUGACAAUACGCAGCAAAGUGUCAAGGGUACUCCAGAGGAUUCUUCUCCUACUCAAGUCUGCUCGUUGUUGCUACUCUUCUGCUCAGUGGUACGUCAGCAACCUGCGGCGGGCCCGCCACCUACUACACAAGAUCAAGACAAGAUACCCCUACCCAUCAUUCCACAAAAAGGAAAAGGGUCUCCCAGAGAACCUGAUGAAGUUUGUCAGCCGUGGUGGAUUCUUCAGACAAGGCCAUAACAAAAAUCUGGAGACUGAUUGCAUUCAAACAAUUAUCUGUUUUAGAGAGCUGUGUGGUUUAUGCUGGAUGCUUCAUGUCAGGGAUCAGUUUUCUAUUGCCUGCAGGAAAUAUCAGGCUGCCAGAAUUCAAAAGGUUCGUGAUAAUUCACAAGUACAUUCAACUUGCAUUGAUGCUCUUCUCUGGGCGCGCCGCUAUUUGCCUUUCUCUCACUUCCUGAAUGCCGAGGAAAUUGUGCAGGACCUCCUACUCAGCCUGUUGGCCGAAAUGCCACCGUCUGCUUUGGUGGCAGACACGCUAGUACUUGCCUUCCCUGAGGAGGAGAAGUCUGUCAGAGUCUCCCUCAGGGAGAAAUAUAACUCACUACUGCAGAACCUGAGGCAAUUGAGCGUUGUCGAGGAGGAUGACAAAGAGCCAGUCGGGAAGACCAUGAAGUGUCUGAUCCAGGAGAAACUUAGGCACAGGAGAAAGCACCUGGGACGAUUGUUAAGGCACUUGGCCCCCACGGAGCUCCGUAUUUGGGAGAAACAUGAUGAUGAGGAUGACAAACACGGGGCGGAUGCGAGUGUGAGCGCCUUCAAUUUAACUGACUGCUCUGAUGGAAAAAGUACAGAGAAUCUGACAUCUGUGUCCGUCUCACCUGACCCUCACAUCCCAUCCAUACCCAGAGAAGUGAACACUAAUGCAACAAGAACUGCAAUUCUGAAUAAGAAGGCAACUGACAAUGUAACGCUUCCCUCCCUUCCAAUCAUUGGCACCUGGGAGUUUGAGCUGGAGGAUGACGAGUAUCUCGCCUUCCUCGAGUUAUUCCUAAGCUACAUGCUGGAAAAGGAUAUCAGUGAAGUGAGCGAGCCUCCCCUGCUAAAGUCCUUUUGCUCUACUCUGCGCGAGAGGGAGCUGCACUCACUCACUUUCGACGUGCUCACCACGAUGCACCGUCGCCAAAAAGAUGGUCACCAACCAGCAAGGAAACACUGCACCGACGAGCUCCCCGUUUUUCGAGCCGGAUGCUGCCGCCGGCUCGUGAAGCGCGGUAUGACCCCCGAGUCGCAAACUUCAGCGGUCUGGAAUGAUGCUUGUGAGUCUAGAAGCAACCUUUCUGGGUUCGGUCUGACGGACAUUAUGACAGGGAGGGAAACGGGUUUAUUUAGCCUCCGACAUAAAAAAGCAGGCUCUGGUUCAUACAGUAAUCAAAGUGCCUUGGCGUUUGGCUCAUCGACCAUCACGGAAGGCAUUGUAGAACUUCAACAGGUCCUGGAUCCUAAAUUAGAGGCGCACUUCCCAGUGCUCGGCCGGCUGCUGGAGUGGAUGUUGCGCUGGGCCGACAAGAGGGUGCUCUUUGGACAUACUGGCAAGAAGAAAAAGCCAAAGAUGGAAGAAUCAUGCCAGGACGGGAUUGUCAUUCGCGUCAAAACCUCUGCGCCAGCGCUGCUCACUUCGCUGAGCCUGCUGGAGAGCAGGUUUAUGCAUCUUCAGCCAGGCUCCUUGAAAGCACAACAGACUGAUGCCCCAAUGCUGCAAUAUGAGGCGGAGAAGAAGCUGGAAAAAGAGAGCAGUGUUGAUACCGGCUACCCUGUAUCAACUAACAAUCUCAUGGCUAGUUAUGAUGAUGUAAUACAGCAAGGAAAAGAGUCCAUUUGUCCUCACACAGAUGAACCAGAGGAACUUAAGUCUCAAAGGACUCCUCUCCCUGACAACCAAAAAGAACUCCCUUUAAGCGCUUCGAUACCAAGUGCUACUUCACAGCGACCAUGUUUUGAUGAUUUGGAUAUCACUCCAGAAAAAGAAGGCAAAAGCAGCGAUGAGCACACAGAGCAGUUGUCCUCUCUUUCCAACGGGAUUCUGUCAGAAAACCUUUGCUCCCCUCAAGCGAGUUUAAAGCUUGAAGAGCUGAUAGACAUGUCCAGCUCCACAUCCCUUCGCGCCAGAAGCCAUCCAGUGACCGUGGCACAGAGUGGUUCAAUCCCUCAAACUGCACCUUCUGUCCAGCCUGAGGAGUCGGUUAACACAGCGGGGCCCCAUACUAGAGCAUGGCCGUACUCCAACACAUCAUUAGACCAUACAGGUUUUCAGCCUCAAACAUCUACAGCAAGCGCACCUGCCCCAGACCCCUUUGGCCUAGGCCAAUCAUCCUCCCUUCAGGCUCCGCCAAUGAGACAGCGUCUGGGUGAAGAUUUAUACAGACUGGUCCAGAACAUAAACUACAUGAGCCUGAUGGAUGUUUUGGGAGUUUCAUUUUCCAACCUGCAACUUGCCCAGCAGAAUUCGUAUUUAUCUCAAGCCAAUGUGAACCCCUCACAUCCUCCUGUGCCACCAUCUUAUAUGUCAAGCGUGCCACCUCCACAUAAUCCUCAACCUGUACACGGCCCUGCAGUAUCUCAAUUACAAAUACAUGUGCCAGACCCACAACCGAACAACACGCAAUCUAUACCAGCAUCUGCACCCGCGUAUGCCUGCCAGAAUCCCAGACACAGCCCGCACGAACAAGAUCAUGUCAGCAAUUUUCCCUUUGUUACUCAUGACGCAGAAGGAAUAUAUCAGCAAUUUCGACCCCUCUCUGUUCAAGCGGGACCAUCAGACGUUUAUUUGCCGGAGCAUACGAGUUUAACGCCAUCCGGUGAAGGGCUUCUGAUCACCGCCAAUACUAAUAGGACAGCGCCCUCUCAUGGUAAUAUUAAUAUAAACACAUCCUCUCAAGCCUCGGGCCUCAAGUUACUCCAGCUGGAUAGCAUUAGAAAGAGAAACAAGCAAAGGACGAGAGGCGUGCCUUUGGCACAGAAAAGACACCUUAGGUUUGGCCACGGAACUCCCACUGAGUCCUCUACAAGGAGUUCUCGUCACAAUAAUCCCACUUCCGGGGCGACACGUGACCUUCGUCUGCUACAUGUUCAUCCUGGCAUACAACAAUAUAUCAACCUCCCCAAACUACCUUCACCAAUUCCUCCUUCCAAGCCUUUCCUUGUCCCCUCAGUGCCACCGAACGAACAACCUAAACUCCAGCUUUUAUGUUUAAACUCCAAACUGAAAAAGAUGUCCAUCCCAGCACAUCAAGCAUCCCAAAAGGCUCGCCUCAUCUCCCUUGAGGAGUUGGCAGGUUUGGUGGCAGUGAGGCGUAACAACGAGGAAGCUCGGCUACAACUGCUCAGAGUCAACGACUCUGCAGAAACACACCGAGGCACUACGUUUUCCUCCAGCAAGAGGCAGAAGAGGAGAGAAGGGAAACUGAGUGCAAAGCUGCCAAAUGAGUCCAUCGACACAAUAAAAAAGCCACAAGAGGACUCCGAGGAAAUCAUCCCCACAAAAGAAUCUGACAUUCAACGUGAAACCAUUCCAAGAUCCUCUGGAUCUAGUCCCCCUGUGUUGACUGGUCACGCGUUACUAGACAAGGUGAGAACGACUUCAGCUGAGCUCCAUGCCUUCGCUGCCACGUUUAAAAGACCUCCGGAGUGCUACGAUGCUUUCACCAACACGGAGCAAGAAUGUUCUCCCAUUCUUGUGGACAAAGCAAUGACUGCCACACAGUCAGAGUCACCCACUACUUCUCCAGACAAAAUGGAAGAACGCCCAACUGAGAAAAUGUACAGUCCUUCUCCAUAUGCAGAUAUCACUCCAUCACAAGAAAAAAUGAAUUUGGAUAAGCGUGGCCGCAACUUCUUGAGUGUCCUGGACAUCGAGGAAGGGAUGUCGCAUUGGGAUUCGCCUCCUGCCAGUUCUGGAAACAAAGAAGCUUCCCCAAUCCCUCCUGUACUCACACCUGCUCAGCUUCACGUGCUUGCCACCUCCCUCAUAAAGAGUGCUCACCCUGCCAAUGACAAAAAUCCUAAAACCGUCUAUCAAACAGAAAUUCAAAUGGGUAUCACUGAGCUCAACAGGGAACCAGAGAGAGACUCAUACGAGGAACUACCAGAGUUUGAGCUCAGUACAUGUACGAAGAUGCCAAGGAGCGAUAAACAUCACAAUAGAGAACUGGAACAAAUCUGUCUGCAUGACAGUGAAGAUUCAACAGACUCUGAGCUUUCUAAAAGCACCAAGACCUCGAGAAUAGACGUGCCUCACAAUCUUCCAUCUGAAAGUUCCGCAGUCUGGUUCUCAUCCCACUUGUCCAAGCUGGAUUCACAGCUGGCUCUGCUGCAGAACAUUGCCGACUGUUUGGAAAAGGACUUGCCCAUGUCCAAAAUGGCAAAGGAGUACCACAAGCCAAAAAAAGACUCCCCAGUCUCACCGCCGAAUGUGAAGCCUGCAAUAAGAAAAACAGUGAGACUGUCUCUUCCAGCAGAAAAGCCCAAAUCACAGCCAAAAUACACUCACAUCAGUGUGAGAAAGAACCCUCUUGAAAUCAGAGCCCCACAGCCUCAACCUCACGCUGCAUCAGAACCCGACAUCUGCAAGGAGGAAGAGGAGGACAAGGAAGAUGAUGUGUUCCGCAAUGUCUACCACAACCUUGAAAGAAAGCCCCAAGCUUCACAUCCAUCUUCCUCUCAGCUUCGUCACAUGCAGAACCUUUUGAAUCAAACGCCAACUGGAACAGUAGACACAUUUGAUGAGACAGGUAAUGACAGUCUGGACCAAACGGGAUUGUCCGAUACAGCAGAGAUCCUGGAAGGAUUGGUUCGAGAAGGUUAUAUAUCCCAGUCUGAUCUGGAAGCGUCUUUAUACUCACUUGACAGCAGCAGGAAUGAGCAACAGGAUCCCAGUCGGCAGAUUUCUCCGAGGCGCGUGGAUCCAAACGAGGAUGAUGAAAGACGGGAACUGAGAAUGUGGAUGAAAUGCAAGCAGAGGGAGAGACAUUCUGUGUAUCAAAAACAGAGAGCCAGCCUGCGUGAGAGGGAGCUCAAACCUUUCUCCAGGACAUCAAAAUCCACCAGCCAAGUGACCGGCAAGAAAAUCACACAGGAAAAGCAAAAGGCAAUUAUUUUGAAACAAUUCAACCAGAGGCUCCGCGACGCUACCUCAUUGGCAGAGAAACUUCAAACCAAGCCCUUUACCAGCUCUAAUAUUUUAGUCCUUGAUGUUCCCAUUCCAAGGUCCACGUCUGCUCCCCCUGCUGCUGGAAAUCACAGCAGAGACGAAAGUCUGAAGCGUCACUCGGGCCAAACGCAAGCCCAGCGGCGUCCUUGGACUGCCGAAGCACCUAGAAGACCGUCUGAGGACAGCGGGAGUACAGAGCUACAGCAAAGACCAGGGACCUCUCUUUCAAGAGUGCAUCCAAUCACCUCCGCCAGGGCCCGUGAAGACCAGCUUUUAACACACCCAGGAGAACUAAUUGACCAGCGGGACAGCGGCACCAGAGGAUCUGUGGCAGCUAUGGACUGGCUGGACAGACUGUCGGAGAGCGGAGGCAACCUCAGCGAGGUCGACUGGGCGGCCAUCGAGAGGAUGGCAACCGCGGAGGAGACAUCGUAAAGGGACAUUUUUUUCGUAGCUUUUCUAUCUGUCACUGUGGUCCCCCUCCUUAUGAGUACCUGAAGUUUUUGAGUUACGAGCCAUCACUUGGUGGUUGUUUUUAUUUAUUUAAUUUUUUGGGUCUUUGUGCUGUGAGCAAAAACUGGGGAGAAGGGUCUGUCUGCAGAGUAAAAGAGACUGGAAUUGGGGGCAUAGUGUGGUCUAUAGCUAAUCCUAUUCGUUACCCUAACCCCCCUCUAAAAAAACACUUUAAAAUGUGAUUCCAUAAGAGCCAUACAGUCAGGUCUUUGUGUUGUGUGUGUGGGGGGGGUGUGUAUGUAUGUAUGUAUGCAAAAACAGAUGUUUUUUUUUUGCUGUCUGAAGUCAAAUCGGACUAAACCUCUCCCAUUUCAGGUCAGUCAAAAUUACUGAAAUUAUUUUUUAAAUGUCACAAUAAUGAGAGCAUUUCUUAUAUAAUAUCAUAUUUUCUCCAAUGUCAAAAGUUUACAUACACAAAAAGUACUAUGUCUUUAAAGAACAUGGAUGAUGAAGUCCAGAUGAUGAGGUCCUGGCUCUAGAAGUGCCUGAUAGGUGAAAUGACAACCGGUGAGUUAAUUGACGGCAAUGUAUUAAGACCACACCUGAAACACUGCUUCAUUGUUUGAAAUCAUGGGAAAAUUAAAAUAAGUUGGCCAGAAAAUCAGAGGGAAAUCGUGGCGCCCCAGAAGUCUGGCUCAGCUUUCGGUGCAAUUUUCAGAUGCUUGAAGACCAAACAUCAUAUCAACAGUAUUACCCUUCUGCACUAACCUCAGCCUCGCCCCCGUCUGGCCAGUGACACCCCGUCUUGCAAGCUGUAGACAGGAAAGACUUGAAAAAUUGACUAAUACGUGAGCUUCAGACUUGUUACCAUAAGAUAUGGUCAAUGAACUUCAGCCCACAGCAGUUCACAUACUUACCUCACAUUUCAACACAGUUGUUCUGUAACUGGAGUCUUCGAGUUACAAGCCAUGACUUUUAUUAUUUUUAUUAUUAUUAUUAUUUUGCAUCUGACAAAGUCAGCACAUUGUUGCACUUUUCAAUACAAUAAUUAAAGGGUUUCAAUGCAAAAACAAAAGCCUAACCCCAAAGGUCAAACCUGGAAAACCUUUAUUAGUCCUGUAAAAUGUCUUUUCAGACACCAGACCCGUCUGGUUUUCAUCACAUUUACAGAUUUACACAUUUAUAGAGUACUGUUCAAAAGUUAUUUUGCACCCCACUCCCCUCAAAAAUAAAAGCAUGUGUACCAUUAUGUGUGAGUAUGGCAAUACUGUAUUAUGAAACCUGGGAAAAGAAGUGCAGUGAAUACUCCAAAUGCACUGUAUGUCCACUGUUUUGGAUUUUUAUUUUUUUGCCACUUUUCUGCUUGAAUUUUAUACGUUUUCACUUGGGUAUUGAGUGUCAGAAAUGUCACUUUAAUCUUCAACAAGAUGUCUUCUGUUCUGAGAGGGCAUAUUGUACAAU